AUGGGGAUGGUAACGUUUUAUUUAAAAUUAAUGGUAUUCGUACGACUGCACUACACAGUUUCUAGCGUCUAUAGAAAUUGUGGUGGACUUCUCCGUUCUCCGAAAGGAAUUAUACAAUCUCCGAAUUUUCCUAAAGAAUUCCCGACUCCUAUCCGCUGUGAAUGGGUGAUCCAUAACAAAGAGACGUCCAAAACGCUGAUUCAUUUCACUCAGUUUUAUUUAACAAAUUAUUUUACUGUUCAAUUCUUUCAGGAAUACACGAAUUCUGAAAACUAUCGAAAUGAAUCCAAAAUGGAGAUAAUGAACGCUUAUCACGACAUUUAUACUCUGGAAAUACCGGCUCCGUAUGUGGUCUUGCGGUUUGGGGUGUACCAAAUGGGAGACAUAAAUAUUCGAGUUCUUGAACACAUGGUUGAUGUAUAUGGUUUUAACAUAACAUAUGAAUUCAUAGAAAAGGAUGCAUCUUCAGAAAAAACCACCUGUACUGCCUAUCAUUGUUCAUACCUCGGUAGCUGCUUAGCCUCUGUCGAUUUUUCGGAAUACAGAUGUCAUUGUACAGAGAAUUAUUUCGGAGAGUUCUGUCAAUAUGGACCAGACUGUAAUCCUUUGACAAAAACCAAUCGCUGUCAAAAUGGAGGAAUUUGCAGCUAUUUGAAUGGUUCCUUAAAUUAUAUUUGUGAAUGUCCGUACGGAUACACUGGAGAAUGGUGCGAAAUCAAACAAGAUGAAUGUUACUACUUAGCAUGUGAUCAAAUCUGUUUGGAGAUUCUUCCAGGGAAAAUGGGUUGUGGAUGUCAGGACGGGUACCGACUGAACAAUGAUGGAACAACGUGUUCAGUACAAGAAUUGCAAAUCGUCGAAAUGGUUACGGGGAAUGGUGGAGCAGGUUAUGAAGCUUACACAAACGAAAACCAGUUUUUAACCAUUUCAUGUAUUGUAAAGGGAGAUAAUUCCACCAGAUUCAGAUGGUACAAGGAUGGUAUGCUGGUAGAUUUCUCGAUCUCUCCUCGUAGUGCCUACCAUAGAGUGGUUAUGUCCAAUACUGAAGGAAUUAUACGUUCGGUUUUAUAUUAUGCUCAAGUAAAGAAAUAUGAUGAAGGACAAUUCACUUGUGUAGCCACCGCUGGGACAACAGAAAAACGCCGUUCUAUACAUAUAGUUGUUCUGUCGAGCCCUCUGAUCUAUGUACCAAAUAGACAGCUAAUUAUAUCAGCUAAUAACUCGAUUCGAAUUCCAUGUUUUUCCAUCAAUGAGCCAUAUAAUUCAUUUCAAUACAAAUGGUUUGAAAAUGGAGUUCCAAUAAAAUGGCAUACACCUAACCGCAUACCGGAGACGCUAUUACCAGCUGGGAGUCAGUUGGUUGCUAAAGGAAUAACACAGAAUACAAAUUUUACCUGCCAGGUGACGAACCAAGUAGGAGAGAGAAAUGUAACAAUACAUAUCUUUGUCGCCAAAGAUAUACAUCUGGUUUGUCCUGCAGAAGUAUACUUGGAUAUUCUAUGGCCGGAAACAGAGAAUGGUCAUUUUACAAAACAGAGUUGUCCUCCUAAAUUUGGAGGUUUUUCGGAGCGCUCCUGUAUUUGUGACAAUAGCAGUAAAAUCUGUAGAUGGAAUGAACCAAAUCUCCUUAAAUGUCAAUCCAAUGACUUGAUUGAAAUAUAUGACAAGGUGGAGGUACUUCGCCAGGGAUAUCGUUCCACAACAAUAACAAAGAUUUUAAAAGAGCUAUACUACUUUGCUCAAAUCCAGAACACGACAAUAAAUGUUGGUGACGCUGAACUCCUUACAAGUGUUUUACGGCGGAUUUUGGAGUAUAUGUGGGCUUUUCCAGAAGUAGCCACAACUGAUGACAGAAUUUCAUUUGAAGAUAUCAUAAAUAUAAUGGAUCGUCUUCUGACGGUAACGAAGGAUUUACCAUUGAAAAUAAAGCAGAGACUGACCCUAGGAAUAAAUAUUUUACAUAUGUCGGCGUAUUUGGCCCGUAGAUCCUUUAAACAAUUGUUCCAUGUAGAGGCUGGAAGUGGAAAUAGCAUCAUGACAGACAAUAUUGAAGUAGAGGAACUUGGAAGCCAAAGAAGCAAGUCUUUCGUAUCAAACAACUCUCAUGGUGUGAAUCUGACAUCAUUUAGAUUCCAAAAUCUUGAAAGCCAUCUAUCUGCCCAAUGGCCUUUAAGGCAGCCCAAUGUUUAUUCGUGGAGGAAUACUAGCUGCUCCAUAGUUUCUAUUGUGACAGAUGCCGUCACAUGCCACUGUGAUCUUCCAGUACUAAUAAUCAUAGUAGGACUUACCUCUAAUAUGACAAGUCCUUUCGAUGUAUCAUCCAGUCGGGCAUCCGUGGUUGUUAUUUUAAGUCACGUGAUCUCUUUAUUUGGGUUACUUGUCUGCAUUUUAAUCUUUGCAAUAAAUUGGAGAUAUUUAAUUGGUGAUCACUACGUCUUUUACUUGAGUUUCAACAUUGUUUUGUUCCUGAACAACAUUGUUUUCCUCAUGUGUCACACGGGCAUGGAAAAUAAGAUUCUUGGGUUCAUUGGUGAAAUAGCAGCUUAUUUCUUUUACAUAUCAGCAUUUUCAUUUGUAUUGUUGGAAAUAUUCCAUUUUUUCAUCUUGACAUCAACCUCAAAAGAAUAUAAAGCCGAGAAAAGAUGUUCUAGAUUCAUUAUCAUUGGCUUGGGAAUCCCAGUGGUUUUGACGGUUUUCUUCACUACUACUUCAGCUGUUUUUCCAAAGUUUUCAUCUGAUGAAAAAAUGAUGAUUUGUUGGAUCUCCAAAUCCACCUGGCAGUUUUAUGUCUUUAUGCUGCCAGUGACAUUUAUAAUUCUGGCAUUCCUUGUUUUCACUACCAUAGUGUGGAAAAUCCGUGUUAAACUUACAGAGGAAAGCGAGGUUGUGUUCAAAAGACGUUUCAUACUUAUUUUCUUGAAGUCUUUAAUAUUGUUGUCACUAACUCUGACGGAGGCUGUAUUAGGAAUGGACUUAGUCAAUGUUAAUUCUUCUCAGAUUGUUCUGCAUUCCACAUGCAAAAUUUGUUUGGCCCAUAGGAAGCAAUUUAAGUUUGACGAAGCACAACCUAAAAGAAAUUCUGGACCAGUAAGAAUAAAAGUUCAUCACGUUAUUGGGGAGGGGGGAGGUCUUUUCUUAUCCGAGGACAAAAAGCAUCGAUCGGAAAUAGAAGCAAGGAAAUACUACCAUGAAGUGAACAAAACAAAAUACACUAGAGAAAAGAAACGGGAGUUAUCGUUCCUGUUGGGGAGUUCAAACUCCACGUAUGAAAUGAGACAAAAUAGCUCAGACAAUAACGGCACCGGAAGUAGCCGGACGACAGAUACAUCCAUGGACACUAACAUUACUAAUGUAAACUCCGACAGAGAAGAAAACGCCUCGAAUUAUUCAGAGAAUUGUGAAAAUGGCAAAGGAAUCAAAGAAGACACAAGAAAUACCAUUGAAGUUCAAAAACAGGAAAUAACGAUGGAGGGGGGCAUUUCUAGUCGUAAAUUACAAAAAGAGAAAUCAUACAAAAGGGGAGAGGAGAGGACUCUUAAUUCAAACCUGAAUAUAUUGAAAACUAUAGAGCUCACGGCUUUGAUACACCAUACUGAUCGAAAUGUUGAUGUGAUAUAA